UACGAGACCCUGGUGUAAACUAGUACUUAAAAACACCGCUACGAGACCCUGGUGUAAACCAGUACUUAUAAACACCGCUACGAGACCCUGGUGUAAACUAGUACUUAUAAACACCGCUACGAGACCCUGGUGUAAACUAGUACUUCGACCUUUUAACUAGUUCAAGGGUCGGCAAGAGUUUGCUGUGCAGUGUAUCAAGUAUAUCGAGCUGGCGAGAGUAUAACAAGGAGAUGGUGAAGAAGGGUCUACUUGAGCGGCUGCGGGAGGGUCCGGUUGUCGGGGACGGGGGUUAUUUAUUCACCCUGGAGAAGCGCGGUUACGUCAUGGCCGGACCCUACACCACUGAGGCGGUCAUGGAACACCCGGAGGCAGUCAAACAGGUGCACCGAGAGUUCAUGCGCGCAGGCGCAGAUGUGCUCCAGGCCUUCACAUUCUGGUCGACGGAUGACAGACUAGCGCUGACUGGUCCUGACGCCCCUGGGAACGAGACUGGGAAGAACUUCACGUGCAAAGAAGUCAACGACCAGGCAUGUACUAUUGCGAAGGAGGUUGCUGCGGACGGGGAUGCCUUAGUCUGCGGAGGGUUAUCCAACACUCCGUCCUACGCGCAGGGGAAAGGCAAGGCCGCCGUGCAGCAGGAAUUCAGCAAACAGGUGGACGUCUUCGUGGAGCAUGAUGUGGACUUCCUAUUGGCUGAGUUCUUUGGGUACGUGGAGGAGGCUGAGUGGGCUAUUGAAGUGCUGAAGGCCAGGGGAAAGGGAAAACCUGUAGCCUGCACCCUUCGGAUCGGGCCGUUAGGAGACGACAGUGAUGUGCCGCCUGGGGAGUGUGCCGUCAGGAUGGCAAAGGCCGGUGCUGAUGUGGUUGGGUUAAACUGUCGGUUCGAUGCCAACACCUGUCUGAAGACCAUAAAGAUGAUGAAGGAUGCACUAGAUAAGGAAGGGCUGUCCCCGUACCUGAUGGUACAGCCGAACGGCUUCUUUUCACCGGAGACCGAACAGACGAAGGACGGGUGGACGAUCCUGCCGGAGUUUCCGUUCGCUCUGGGACCCCGGCAGAUGACACGGUUUGAGGUCAACCACUUUGUCCGAGCGGCCUUUGACCUCGGGGUCAAGUACAUCGGUGGCUGCUGUGGAUUUGAGCCCCACCACAUCCGGGCUAUUUCUGAAGAGCUAUCACCAGAGCGCGGAGGAAAGCUAGGAGAUGCUAGCAAGAAACACCGUCCUUGGGGAGGGGGGCUGAAGACUAACCAACCUGAGAAAGACUUCAUCAUUGGAAAAGAUACCAGAGAAUACUGGGAAUCGGUGAAACCAGCCAUAGGCCGCCCAGGGUUUCCGGACGUCCAGACGAAACUCUUCCGGCACUGAGCACUCACCACUCUGCUGGCAGCAACCUCCUGCUUCCGAGCUGACUUGGUUGAACGUACAUCAUGUAAUUAUUGUGUAUAGUUAAGUCAGCAUAUACAUGAAGGGUACCUAUGUUUGACUGAUUGAAUGAUUGAUUUUUGUUGGUGAUAAACCUGGACAGUGGUGCAUAUCAGUAUUUUGCUUGUAAUAAGUUCUACUUUUAACAUUUAAUACCCAUGGAUUACAUUGUUUGCAAAUACUGCUGAUAAUAUGUAAUAAGAUAUCCUUUUACUAGUACUCUUCUAACUGGGCAUAGUUAUAGAUACAAUUUAUGCUCUCAACAGUGCCGCCCGGCGAUAUCUACUUGAAUGGCCUCAUUGCGCAUUUGAACCCUCAAAUAUUUUGAUAUUUUGGACGUAGUGUCCAUAUGCAUCUCUGAUUCGUACCAGUCUUCAGUGUGAAGGCUUAUGUAUUAGUUGCUUGGUUUCUUCUGUCGUCGGAAGUCAUAGGAUGGUGGUCACGAAAAUAGCUACUCGCUACCAAGUGUGUAGUGCUUCGUCACUGAAAAUGAAGCCAUUUAGUUCAUGUCACACAACGUUAUCCUCUGAAAAAGCGGUAUCUUUGUAAUAAGGUGACAAAAAUGAUUAAAUUUUUUUAAA